UGUCACCCAAUCGCGGUGGAUGGAUGGACACAAAUUCCUUCAGAUGUGCAACAAGAUCUUGUGGAAAGUCUUUCCAGAAGAGUGGGAGGUAUUGCUCCUGAUGAGGGACUAUGGGACAAGUGGUUUAGUCGAUGCAGAAAUGGUUGGAGGGGGAAUUAGAUUUGUCAAGUAUCUGCGCUUUAGUAUUUUUUGCAAGAUUUUUUUUUUUAUACUUUAUCUGGAAAUGAAAUAUUUGUACUUGAUAGCACUUGUUUUAUUUUUUUACAUCUGGUUUGAUCAAAAGAAGUAAAGUCAAUCAGAUGAAAUGACCUGCUUGAGCUUUGUGAAUCUUAUAAAGUGGUAAAGAGCAGGGACGAACGAAAACCGGGGAUCACGACUAAAAAAGGUGCAAGGCAAUUUUCAACCGUACAGGGCGUCCUGGCGUCUCGAGCCUGCGCAGUGCAGCGUGGCCGAGUCGGAGUGGGUCGCAGUUCCACCAACGGAUGAGGAAGCGCAGUUUCCGGCUGCUGGCGGUACGAGGCGAACCCGAACCCCGGAGAAAAACGACGCCGGCUCGGGGCGAGCGGUUUCAAGCAACGGUAUUUUUUUUUACCCCCGGCAAAAUCGGGGGGACGGGGUCGUGUGUGUGUGUUAUUUUUUAUGAGACAAGGGACUUGACCUAAAAACGGUGCGAAGAAGCGGCUCAAGGCGGGAGUGAGCCACGAUCCACCGGCAUGGCCAGGGACUACGAUUACCUAUUCAAGCUGCUCAUCAUCGGUGACAGCGGAGUGGGGAAGAGCAGUCUCCUGCUUCGUUUCGCAGACAACACAUUUUCAGGUAGCUAUAUUACCACAAUUGGAGUGGACUUCAAGAUCCGGACGGUGGAAAUCAAUGGUGAGAAGGUGAAGUUACAGAUCUGGGAUACAGCAGGACAGGAGCGCUUUCGCACCAUCACAUCCACGUAUUACAGAGGAACGCAUGGGGUCAUCGUGGUGUACGACGUCACAAGUGCAGAGUCCUUUGUCAACGUCAAACGAUGGUUACAUGAAAUCAACCAGAACUGUGAUGAUGUGUGUCGAAUAUUAGUGGGAAACAAAAAUGAUGACCCCAAUUCCAAGGUUGUGGAGACGACCGACGCGCAGAAGUUUGCCGAGCAAAUGGGCAUUAACCUGUUUGAGACCAGCGCAAAAGAGAACAUCAAUGUCGAAGAGAUGUUCAACUGCAUCACAGAGCUAGUGCUCCGAGCCAAGAAGGAGGUGCAGGCCAAGCAGCAGCAGCAGCAACAGAACGACGUGGUCAAACUCACCCGGAACAGUAAACGGAAGAAAAAGUGCUGCUAGUGAAUGGCGCUCAAAGGUCGCUAGCGGCCGUCUUCGUGGUCGCGUGCACACCGGGUGGGACUGAGAAAGUCUAAAUUAAAGAACAGAUAAAGAUUUAAGAAAUAUACGCUAAAGAUUCAAGCAAAUACACGUCCCCUUUGGACAAAAUAAUCAUGAAGAAAUAUAUGUACAGAUUUUAUGGUUAUUUCAUGGUGUGAUCAGAAAGUCUUAUUUGGAAUUGAGCGGCAGGUCCUGCUUUUCUUAAAGGAUCUGCAAAUUGACAACUGACUGCCAUCACGCUCCAGUGUCGAUCCGCUUCACCACAUCGCCGUCGUCAUAUAUCCGUCUUGUCCUUCCUUUUCACUUUCAUCUUCCUCUUCCUCACUGCACAAGGACAUUCAGUGCUUGAGGAGAGGGGCCUUUGUUUUUUCUUUUUCUCGUUCUCUUCUUUUGGGCUGGUGGGUGUAUUAGGAGAUGAAAAAGGGGGAGGCUGACCUGCUUUACCGCAGCUCACGCCAACACAUCCUGAUGAAAUGCAAAAAUGUUUGCUCGCGGCAAAAUGAAAUAACGAGUGGUAGGUUGCCUAACCUAUUGGACGGGCGUUGCUAACUUUCACUUUUUUGUUUUUGCCAAGCUUCCUUCUAACGUGCAGCAGUGCUGAGCCAACAACCUGAUUUGACAUUUUCUUUUCUUUUAAACUUUACAUUUGAUUUUUUUUUUUUAAGUAUGGCGGAGUUGUAGUACUGCAGUCUUCCUGCACUUUCAGCUAUCCCUUUUAAUUUUUCUUUUUUUUUUUUUUUUUUUUUUUUUUU